AGCGAGAGAGCGAGAAAAAACGGCUCUCAGCAAAGCAACAAGAAGGAAGAGAAAUGGCGACACUGGAUCGCCAAAUACCAAGUCCGGAUAGCUUCCUGUGCGAGCCUUGGUCUUCCUUCGUCACCGCGGCUAAAUUACGUUUUGUUGACAACUCGUCCUCGGAUGACAAACAGAUUUACUGCCAGGGUAAAGCCGUGAGGCUCAGCAAAGAAGCCAGAGGUGUCAUUUUCUCUGGGGACACAGGGACAACACUUCCUGACAUGGCUGAUAACGUUCAAAUAACUAUUUCAAAGCAUACUCUGUAAAGAAAUGCUCUGAAAAGUAGCUUGCACCAAGAAAUAAACCAAGAAAUAAAAUAUAUUAAAUGCUAUCUAAGUAUAGAAUAAUUAAAUGGGCAUUGUCAUUAGCUAAAAACAAACAAGCCCCUUGCUUACUUAUUACAAAAUGAUGAAAUAACAUGCAUGCACUAACUUCAAAAACAUCUUGACAUGGAUUCUUGUUUUUUCCCAAUCUUGGAAAUGAUCCAUUCUAACCUCAAAUUAAAUUCUGUUAAACCUCCUCUCACAAAAACAUAAUGACUGCGCCUCAUACAUACUUUUAAAUGCAUGUGUCUAAUUGGGAAACACA